AUGGCGGCCGGACUCAAGACCAUCAUUCUGCUCUCCUUUGUGCUCGCACUGGGCUUCCUGCUCAUCAUCCUCUCGUGCGCGCUGUGGUCCAACUGGCUUCCACUCCUUGUCGCACUCAUCUACGUGCUCACACCGCUACCCAACAGCCUCUGUGCUCGCUGCGCCGGUGCAGAUGAUUUUUCUGCCGACUACAACAGCGGCUUCCUGGACUUUGGCAACUUCAUGACCGGCCUCAUGAUCGUCUCAGGGUUCGCGUUACCGCUUUCGUUGGCGCAUGCAGGCGUCAUUGCACCCACCGCUUGCUGGAUGUCGAUCGCUGGUGGUGGUCUUGUCUAUGGAACCAUCUUGACCUACUCUGGAUUCUUCAACGAGACCGACGACUACUAG